UGGCACCCCACAUUGGAUGGCUCCUGAAGUUAUCCAGGAAAGCCGCUAUGAUGGAAAGGUGGAUGUGUGGGCUCUUGGUGUGUCAGCAAUCGAAAUGGCUGAGGGGCUCCCACCAAGGUCAACUGUGCAUCCAAUGAGAGUUUUAUUCAUGAUAUCCAUUGAGCCUGCUCCAAUGCUUGAGGACAAGGAAAAAUGGUCUCUUGUGUUUCAUGAUUUUGUUGCAAAGUGCCUUACAAAAGAACCACGUCUACGUCCUACUGCAGCAGAGAUGCUGAAGCACAAAUUCAUUGAGAAAUGCAAAUGGGGGUCUUCUUCAUUGUUGCCAAAGAUUGAAAAAGCGAGGCAAAUAAAAACCUCAUUGGCUGCGCAAGCACAAAAUCAGGUUCCAGGGACUGUUAUAGCACGAGAUGGUUUUUUAGAGGAAAAGAAAAGUCUAAAAUUGAAUGAAGACUAUGGAGACACGGUUCCAUCAAGACCUUGGAACAUCGGACUUCAGGUUCUAAAUGAGGUUCAUGCAGGUUCCGGCACAGUGAAGCAUCAUCCACAGGGUGUGGAACACCCUGGAGAAGGUGACUUUGGAACUGUAGUAAUUCACAGUGAAGUAGAUGUAGACAAGCCAGGCCCUCAAACGGCAGUUUCCAGCGCAAAAGAAUCUACAGGUGUUCUAAAAAAUUCUGAAAACCCUUCCCUUAAUGCAGCAGGAGGCAAAACAGCUAAACUCUGGUCCGAAAGUACAACACAGGCUGUGGUGAACAACCUCCAAGAUGCAGAACCAAACUCCGAUUCCCAAGCCAUGCUGGCAUCAUUGCCUUCUGCUUUUCGAUCUCCUGAACAAAACCAAAAGACACAAAAUCUUUCUGAGUUACAGGUUGGAGGUGGCAGUAGCACAUUGCAGAAGAGCAGUACUGUCGGUCAAAAAUCCUUUGCCUUGCAAGAUAAGCUUUGGUCCAUCUACGCUGCUGGCAAUACGGUACCCAUACCAUUCUUGAGGGCGACAGACAUAUCUCCCCUUGCUUUGGUGUCUGAUAAUGUGCUUGGGAGCAAACAACAGGGUAAUGGUGGUACCAUUGCAAUGGAAGCCAUACAGGAGCUUUUUAGUGGUGAUGGGCAGUCUAAGAAAGGGCGAAGGGGACAAAAUGAGAUACCUCUUCCACCAAGUGUAUAUCGAAGACUUACUUCGAGUUCCACACUACUGAAUCUGGCACAGGCUUUGGCUUACCAUAAAAUGUGUUAUGAGGAGAUGCCUCUACAGGAGCUGCAAGCAACGCAAGAGCAACAAACAAUUCAGAACCUCUGUGAUACUCUUCGAACAAUUCUCCGGUUGUAGAUAUUGACAUCACCAAAACAAAAGAGUGGUCACCACUGUCUUCAAUUUUGUUUUCCUUUAGAUAAUCUAUGGCCUUGAAUAGUUUACGAGAGUAGAGAAAAGUUGAUGAAAAAAGGGGGAGGCAGGAAAGGUUAAAAAUGAUUUUACAGGCUCAUCCUGCUGAAUAGAGUUGGGAAACGGCUGAGUUGUUGUUGUAUCCUUCUGUAAUGAAGAAAUCCUUGUCUAAUGGCAUGUUUAUUAUGAAAGCAGCUAUUGUUCA